AUGGGGAGAAGAAAGAUCGAAAUCCAGCCCAUUACGCACGAACGCAAUCGCUCUGUCACAUUUCUGAAGCGCAAGAAUGGCCUCUUCAAAAAGGCGUACGAGCUCGGCGUCCUCUGCUCCGUCGACGUCGCCGUCAUCAUCUUCGAGGAGCGGCCGGGACACCAUGUCAAGCUCUAUCAAUACUGCUCGACCGAUGUGAACAGCAUGGUCCAGCGCCAUUUACGCUUUGAUGGCGAGAAGGACACACGGGUACCUUCAGACUUCAACAACAAGCAGGCGGAAGAAGCCGCCGAUGACGACGAUGAGGCCGACGACGACUCACCCAAGCGUCAGAACGUGUCCGGCACCAGCAAGACCGGCGCAGGAAAAGUAAAGUCGGAGGGCAGCAGCAACGGUACCGUGCCCAUCCGUCCCGUGCCUACGAGCACAAACGAGUCGUCCAUGACGAUCGACGUACGCUCCCCACGCUUACAUCGAUGCCAGCUCAUCGACUCACACGCGCUUGUUCCUAUCUCACACAGCUCGAGUACCGCACCCGCGUGUCGCCAACCUCCACGCCAACCUCCACGCUCCCUGUCUCCGGCGAGCGGCACACCGCUCUCCGCGCCGCUCCCGGCAUGCACAAGCGCCCGCGCCUUGACGACGGCGCCCAAACGCCCUCGAUGCAGCUCCCGCCGUCGUACCCGUACCGCCUCGAACUUGACAUGUCGCAAUACCCCGUGCAGAGCCACAUUACGCCGCUACCUUCGCUGCCGCCAGCGCACGGCGUGA